GUAGUUGUCAAUGAAUUUUCAACGGUCGAAGUAGUAGAGCAGUAGCAGCGAACUAAACUCAUAAAUUUUAUUCGCGUAAAGUAUAUAAAUAAGUUAAUUAAGCGAUUUUAAAUAUAGCAAAGUGCAAAUCCGGUCAUAUUCAAACAGCGGUUUAACAUAAAUAUCAAUUGUUUCAUUGGAGAGCAAAAAUCAAUAUUUGUGACGUGAAAACGAAAAUUUUAUAAUGAAAAGCAAAACAACACCCAAAACGAUUUGGUAUUGGAUGCAGUAGUAAAGUCCCGCAUACUGACGCAAGCGACGUAUCUUAUCGAUGACGUUUUUAUACAAACAAAACACAGUGUAAAAUUUACUAAAAAUAACAACAGAAGCAAAAAAUCGAAAUUACACUAAAAUCUUUAUAAUUUUAGUUAGAAUUGGAUAUUAGUAACAUUAAGGAAGAUGAACACUGAUCCGACCAUGACUUCAAAGUCAACGACAUUAUCGUCGUUAAACAGUAUACCGACGAUAUCGGCAGCCGUGUCCAGCUCUGGAUUGAUAGGAAGUGGAGUUACAGAUAGUGACGUGCGUGAUGGAGAGCUAGCUUUGAAUACAAUUGAAGUAGUGCAACGAAAAUUCAAGGACAACGAAAAAGUCUUAUCGAUUUUUGAAGCCUAUCAAAUCAUAGGACAAGAGCAUCGAAGUCGCUUGUUGGCAUUAGUAGUCUCUGUGGCAGGCGGCACCUACGCAGUUUUCUCACUUGCAACAGCGCGCUUACCGCCACGCAAUGUCAAUGACUUGUCUAUUGAUAAGAUUUUCGCGUUAAAUGAAAGCUUUCAAAUAGGCAGUGAUAAAAAGGGUACCAUAUCGCAAUUGCAAUUUGAUCUAAAAACAGCCGAUGAGGCGGCCGUGAAAUAUUUCUACUACCCAAUCAUAUCAGCCGAGGGCGCAUCUGAUUUCGAAACGUUUCAUGCGCAAAUCAUAUCAGCUAAAUUCUCAAUGACACACUCAAGCGCGGCCACGGAGUCAAUUUUGAGUUAUAGUUGGCUUAACGAUUACCGACAAAUCGGCGAAGUGAAGCAAGAAUUGAAACGACGCGAAAAUGAAUAUAUCGUUUUCAAAGAUUAUGUCGUUUAUUGUGGCACAUGGAAUGUAAAUAAUAAACCCUAUAGCGACAGUCCUUUGCACUUGUGGCUCUCAAAUGGCGAACAACCAGCCGACAUAUAUGCUAUUGCGCUACAGGAGUUGGAUACAUCAGCUAAAGCUAUAACUUUCAGUGAAAAUCGCCCGGACCCCAUGUGGAUUAGCAAAAUGCUAUCAAGUCUACACAAGGCUGGCGAAUACGAAGAGUUAACUAGCGUGCGUCUAGUAGGCAUGAUGUUGACGAUCAUCAUACGCAAACAAUUGCGUCCAUAUAUAGCGCGUUGUCGUGUUAAAACCGUUGCACGCGGCGUCUUCAACACACUAGGCAACAAAGGUGGUGUUGCGGUGAGCAUACAACUGAAUGAAGGAAACCUCUGCUUUGUAAACUCACAUCUAGCAGCGCAUAUGGCCUUCAUUGAGGCACGAAAUGAAGAUUAUGCGGGCAUCGUACGUGGUUUAGUGUUUGAUGAUGAUCUAAAGCGUACCAUCAAUGAUCAUGACCACAUCUUUUGGAUUGGUGACUUAAAUUAUCGCAUUGAAGAGCCGCCCGGCUUGCAAUUGCCAUGUAAUCGCGCCUCACCAGACGCUUAUGACGUACUCAUGAAGUAUGAUCAGCUACGCAUUGAAAUGGGUAAAGGCAACUGCUUUGAUGGCUACAGUGAAGGGCGUAUCAAAUUUCGUCCAACCUACAAGUAUGAUGUAGGUACAGACAAUUUUGACAGCAGUGAGAAACAACGUGCACCGGCAUACUGCGAUCGUGUGCUGUGGAAAGGUGUGCGCAUUGAGCAGUUGGCUUACAAUAGCAUCAUGGAGAUACGGCAGAGUGAUCACAAGCCCGUCUAUGCAAUAUUUCGUGUAAAAAUCAAAACCAAAGAUGAGAAACGUUACAAACGUGUACACGAGGAAGUCUUGAAGCUGGUUGACAAACGUGAAAAUGAGAAUCAACCGCAACUAAGUGUUGAUAAAACAGUGCUCGAUUUCGGUGUUGUGCGUUUCAACGAGUUGUCAGUGUGUGAUUUCACAGUCUCGAAUAACUGUCCGAUGCCGGUGGAAUUUAUGUUCAAAGUGAAAGACCCACCUUUGAAUGAUAUAUGCGAGAAGUGGUUGCAAGUUGAACCGCGUGCCGAAACGCUAAUGACCGAUAGCACCAAACGUGUACGCGUCAAAUUGCUGGCAGAUGUGCGUUCCAUAACGGGCUUGUUGAAGAAGAUACGCACGACCAAUUGGAAAUUCGAUUUCGACAUAUUGAUUUUGCAUGUGAAAAAUGGUCCCGAUAUGUUUCUCACGGUCACCGGUGAAUACAAGCCGAGUUGUUUUGGACUUUCAGUGGAAACGCUUUGCCGCACCGAUAAACCGGUCAACACGUAUACACAAGCGCAAAUUAAAGAUUUGAUGAACGAUGAUUCACCGGAAUUCCGUGUGACAAUGCCACGCGAGUUCUUCUUUCUUAUCGACUAUUUGCACAAGCAGGGCGUUAAAGUGGAGGGCGCUUUCGAAACAUUGGAAUAUAAACAUGCGCGCAGCACGCAAUUCAAUGUUAUACGUGACUGGUUGGACACGUGGUCGAAUGAGGAAUUUCCCGGCACACCACAAGCAGCUGCCGAAGCGCUACUCAUGCUCUUAGACUUGCCCGAGAAGCCAUUACUCGAUCCUUUCGUCGAAGAUUUGCUACAAACAAAUACAGCCGCUGAAGCCAUGGAGUUGAUAUCCUUGUUGAGUUCGCCGCGUCGCAAUGUAUUCGUGCAUUUAUGCAUGUUUCUACGCCAGGGCAUUGAGCGGCAGUACUAUAAUCUACAGCACGUCGCCAGUGUUUUUGGGCGUGUAUUGCUGCGCAACACGACACACACAGGUCGCGAUUUUUAUCGUGAGACACGCUGUCGCGAUUUCAUGCAUCGCUUCAUAUCCAGCGACAUUGGUGGCACGUUGUCCACAGGUAUUGCCGAUAGCAGCGGCAUAAGCGGUGUGGACGGCAGCGCUGGUGGCGGUGGCAGUGGCAGUAGUGUCGGUGGCGGUGGCGGCGGUGGUGAUGGCAGUAAUGCUGCACGUAUUAAUGCAAUCAAUUAAAUGAAAUUGAAUGUCUAUGUACUUGCUUAAGCUGUUAGCAAUUAUUUACAAUGUAUUAUUUUAGCUUUGUAUAACUGUAGUUAUUUAAUGCUUAAGUUUAUGUUAUCGGUUUUAAUACAAUAUAUAAUAUAUAUGUAUGUGGCUGCGUGCUAAAUUGCUGCAAGCUUGCUGCUCACAUCUGUACACAUGAAUUUAUAUUGCUUGAAAACGAUUUAUCGCGCAUUAAUGACUUAAUAUAAUAGCAAUAACAAGUGCGUCUAUAAUUUAUGGCGAGAUUGUUUACUUAAUGCUCUGCUCUGUAUUUAAACGCUUAAACAAAUUAGUAAUGUAAACACGAAUUUCGCACUAAGCAAAAAUAUAUAUUAGAAAACAAAGAAAAAUAAUAAUAUAAAAUAUUAUAAAAAUAUUCAACAAAAAUAAUAUAAAAAUAUGAAAUUUAUAAAAGAAAAAUUUACAACAGCGCAGCUUUUAAAAAUGUACUGCGCUUGUUGCACACUCAAUGUCUAAUAUAUACAUAUACA